CCGGCACAGGCUCAGCACACCUUCAGAUGGAGACGAAGUAGUAGCAGCAGUCGAGCAACAGAGCACCAACAGCGUCUGUACCGCGGAUCCGCAGGCUUUUCUUCAGGGGGGACAGGUGACAGAGCAGACCGACCGAGACUCAGCCGCUUCAACGUCCAUCGGAGGAUAUUACUGCUGUUUCACCCCCCCUCCCCCCCCGCACACCCUCCGAUUGCCACAAUAUACCCAACUACAUGCAUUUCGAUCUGAUCAUCUAAGCCCAGUCCACCAAGAUGGAAAAUGCGCACACUAAAUCGGCGACUGAAGUUUUAGACAACUUCGGUGUGAAUGAAAACACAGGGCUGACUCUGGAACAAGUCAAAGGCAAUUUGGAGAGAUAUGGACCGAACGAGCUCCCAGCUGAAGAAGGGAAGUCCCUGUGGGAGCUGGUGAUGGAGCAGUUUGAAGACCUCCUGGUCAGGAUCCUGCUGCUCGCCGCCUGUGUCUCCUUUGUGUUGGCUCUGUUUGAGGAGGGAGAGGAGACAACCACCGCCUUUGUUGAGCCUGUUGUAAUUCUUCUUAUCCUCAUCGCCAACGCUGUUAUCGGGGUCUGGCAGGAGCGGAAUGCUGAGAAUGCCAUUGAGGCUCUGAAAGAGUAUGAACCAGAGAUGGGAAAGGUGUACCGCAUGAACCGCAAGGCUGUCCAGAGGAUCAAAGCCAGAGACAUCGUCCCAGGAGACAUAGUGGAGGUGGCCGUUGGUGACAAGGUGCCUGCUGACAUCAGAGUGACCUCUAUAAAGUCCACCACCCUGCGAGUGGACCAGUCCAUCCUCACAGGGGAGUCUGUGUCCAUCAUCAAACACACUGACCCUGUUCCUGACCCCAGAGCUGUCAACCAAGACAAAAAGAACAUGCUGUUUUCUGGCACAAACAUUGCUGCAGGCCGCGCCAUAGGUGUUGUCGUCGCUACUGGUGUUGCCACAGAGAUCGGUAAGAUCCGUAAUCAAAUGGCAUCUACAGAACAAGAGAAGACGCCGCUGCAGCAGAAGCUGGACGAGUUCGGCCAGCAGCUCUCCAAGGUCAUCUCCCUGAUCUGCGUGGCUGUGUGGGUCAUCAACAUUGGCCACUUCGGAGACCCCGUCCACGGCGGCUCUUGGGUCAGAGGAGCUAUCUAUUACUUUAAGAUUGCCGUGGCCCUGGCUGUGGCGGCCAUCCCCGAGGGCCUGCCUGCUGUCAUCACCACCUGCCUGGCCCUCGGCACGCGUCGCAUGGCCAAGAAGAACGCCAUCGUUCGCAGCCUGCCCUCAGUAGAGACCCUGGGCUGUACCUCUGUUAUCUGCUCCGACAAGACGGGCACCCUCACCACCAACCAGAUGUCCGUGUGCAGAAUGUUCGUUGCAGACAAGGUGGAAGAUUCAAGCUGCACCCUUCAUGAGUUCUCUAUAACUGGUUCUACAUAUGCCCCUGAGGGACAAAUACUGAAAGGAGACAGGCCCGUUCAGUGUGGAGACUAUGAUGGACUUUUGGAGUUGGCCACUGUGUGCUCUAUGUGCAAUGACUCUUCAUUGGACUAUAAUGAGGCCAAAGGGGUUUAUGAGAAGGUUGGUGAAGCCACAGAGACGGCUCUCACAACCUUGGUGGAGAAGAUGAACGUCUUUAAGACGGACCUGUCUGGACUCAGCAAGGUGGAGCGUGCCGGGUCCUGCAACUCGGUGAUCAGGCAGUUGAUGAAGAAGGAGUUCACUCUGGAGUUCUCUCGUGACCGCAAGUCCAUGUCUGUCUACUGCACCCCCGUCAAGCCGGGCUCCCAGAGCAAGAUGUUCAUUAAGGGCGCUCCAGAGAGUGUGAUUGAGCGGUGUCAGUACCUGCGGGUGGGAACAGGGAAGGUGACACUGACACCAGCCCUGCGUGACCAGCUGAUGUCUAAGAUCAGGGAGUGGGGGACAGGCAGGGACACCCUGCGCUGCCUGGCACUGGCCACUCAUGACACCCCGCCACGCAAAGAGAACAUGGACUUGGAGAAUUCCAGCAAGUUUGUGGAGUAUGAGUUGGGUCUCACGUUUGUUGGCUGUGUGGGCAUGCUCGACCCACCCAGGAAGGAGGUGAUCGGUUCAGUGAAACUGUGCAACGAGGCAGGUAUACGUGUUAUCAUGAUCACAGGAGACAACAAAGGCACAGCUGUGGCCAUCUGCAGACGAAUUGGCAUCUUCGGCGAGGAUGAGGACGUGACGGGAAAGGCCUACACAGGCCGUGAGUUCGAUGAUCUCCCGCAGGAGGCCCAGAGAGAAGCCGUGAAACGGGCGCGAUGCUUUGCCCGCGUCGAGCCAGCCCACAAGUCUAAGAUCGUCGGAUAUUUGCAAUCAUUCGAUGAGAUUACUGCCAUGACAGGAGAUGGUGUGAACGAUGCCCCGGCCCUGAAGAAAGCAGAGAUUGGCAUCGCCAUGGGCUCCGGCACAGCAGUGGCCAAGUCAGCAUCUGAGAUGGUGCUGUCCGAUGAUAACUUCUCCACCAUAGUGGCUGCCGUGGAGGAGGGCAGAGCCAUCUACAACAACAUGAAGCAGUUCAUCAGAUACCUCAUCUCCUCUAACGUGGGAGAAGUAGUCUGCAUCUUCCUGACCGCCAUCCUGGGUCUCCCUGAGGCUUUGAUUCCAGUCCAGCUGCUGUGGGUUAAUCUGGUGACCGAUGGCCUGCCUGCCACCGCCCUGGGCUUUAACCCCCCAGACCUGGACAUCAUGGACAAACCUCCCCGCAACCCCAAGGAGCCUCUCAUCUCUGGCUGGCUCUUCUUUAGAUAUCUCGCCAUUGGAGGAUAUGUGGGUCUUGGAACAGUGGGUGCUGCCACAUGGUGGUACUUGUUUGAUGAAGAAGGCCCACAAGUGUCUUUCUAUCAGCUGAGACACUUCAUGCAGUGUACUGAGGAGAACCCCAUGUUCCAGGGCAUAAACUGUGAGGUGUUUGAAUCCCGCUACCCCACAACCAUGGCCCUGUCUGUGCUGGUCACUAUCGAAAUGUUCAACGCACUCAACAGUUUGUCUGAGAACCAGUCCCUGGUCAGGAUGCCUCCCUGGGUCAAUGUCUGGCUGCUGGGAGCCAUCAUCCUCUCCCUCUCCCUCCACUUCUUAAUCCUCCAUGUUGAGCCUCUGCCGUUGAUCUUCCAGGUGACCCCUCUGCGCUGGUGCCAGUGGAUCAUGGUCCUGAAGAUUUCCAUCCCGGUCAUCCUCCUGGAUGAGGCACUGAAAUAUCUGUCCAGGAACCAUCUAGAAGGUGAUGAGGAGAAGAAAUAUCGGAGGAGAUGGCAGCUGAACUAAGACCUCUCCCUCAACACACUCACACACUUAGACACACGCCUACCCUCUUCCCUUUAUGAGCUAGGACCCUUUUCUCUCCCCUGUCCUCAUUCCCCACUCCUGCAUGUCCAACAAACCACCACUAGAAAUGAGCAGGGCUUGCAUGAGAAUGAGUGUGCAAGAAGGAGAGCAUGCGUGUUCCUGCGAGCAUAGCUUUGUACGAGUGUGUGAGUAAAUGAGCACUGUGUGUGUGUGUGUGUGAAUGUGUGUGUGUAUAUGUGUGUGUGAACAGGCAGAUGCAGGCCUGUCUUUAUAGUUGCCAGAGCGAGAAACAACCGGAAAAAAAAAAAAGAGAUAAAACUGCCCGGGGCUCUGCUUUUUAAUGAUUUCUGCUCAUUGUUUUUUUGACUGUACAGUACAAACAUAGUGGUGCAGUAACAGGACUUUGGGGAGGGAAGGGGAGGGAGGACAGGGGAACGGAGGUUGAUAAUACUGGGUGGGAGGAGGGGGUUGAAAUUAGCACAGAGACCGAAAGAGAGAUUGAGAGGCCUGCCAUGGAGAGGAGACUGAUGUACACACUGGCAAAGGAAGAGCAUCAGCAAGAAUGUGGAAGGUGAAAACAGCCGGCUCUCGAGGCGGCACGACCAGUGUAGAGAGCCAUCGUACCUGUGUGUGUCCACAAAAACAUUACCUGGAGGUACCGCCCAGGCUUCUGCUACCCACACUACUGGCACUGAAUUCCAGCCAGCUCUGCAGGAGCACAGCCUCGACAGCACAACACAAUUGUAUCUCUGGCCAGUUUGUCACAGCGCUGCUCCUUCAUCACUCUUCGUCUUUACUCUCACCACAUACAAGGUCUGACUCCUGUUGAUCGUGUUUUAUGCAGAAUUACUCUCCUUUUGCCUGUCUUGCUCUCUCUUUCUCGCUCUCUGUUGAGGAGGCAGCUGUGGGCCCGGGGUCGUGACGUUAUCAGGCUCUUGAGUUAAGAGUGUGGAGAUGUCGAUCCACCUAAAGGUGUGAAUAGCUUUACGCUGCUUGGCCGCUUCCUUCGGCUCUUCAUUCGAGGAGCUGAGGUCAGCUCACAGACUUGGUAAAAAUAAAAAAUAAAAUAAAAAUAAAAAUGUCAAACAGCAACCAAACCAGCAUAUCAGUAGAGUAGUUGUCAGCCAGUCCACCCAGCUGGUCCUGUUAAGCCUCACUUUAAUGUCCAUCUUCUGUGCUGCCAUUGGAGUUUUCGUUGUCAAAUAUUUAAAGGGGAUCGGCACAACUGGAUGAAGCUCCAUGACAUUUUGUGCAGAAUAAUUGUCCUGGAGCAUCAUGUUGUUGAUCUACCUUUAAUUUAUUCAUUUGUAACCCUGCACCAGCGCUAAGGUGCACGUGCAUACAGCCUUCCUUGAAUUCAUUUGUCUAAGUUGACUCAAUAGGCUUUUCAGUCGUUGAAUCGCACAGAUGAUGUAGUUAAAGUAAGUUAAGGAUUGGCAACUAAACUUCUUGAUUGUCUCAGUCUCACUUGCUCGUGAAUCAUUUAUAUAUUAAGCACAUUUAACACCCAUGCCUCAUACAGCCCACUGUACCUCCACAUUGAAUAUGUGGUCAAAAUGAAUGUGUUUCUGCUAGCCUUUAAUUAGCCUUUUACCAACCGCCACCACUCUCACUCAUACGUGCCCUAACAGUGAUAUUCAUUCUGAUCACUUGAGGUCUUAAAGACUCUGAAAGUCCACUUGGUCUAAGGCAUGUUUAAUAGGAAACCCUUUUUGCUGUGCUUUGUGCGCUGCUUCCUCAGCUCCUCUUGCUCUCCUAAUGCUUUAGCAACUCACUUGGGUAUUGUUUUAUAAUGACUAGAUAGUAAUGUAGUUGACUGAAUGAACCCACAGGGUUUGGAUUGUGUCUUUUAAGUCUUAAUUCUGGGUUUUGUGUUGGGUCCUGGUGCUCUGAGGACCGGUCAGCGGUGUGUUUGGUCUCUUGUUGCUUUCACAUAGGACAGAGGAGAGUGUGUACAUUCAAAAAAAAAAACAACAACACUUUUUAAAGGUGCUGGAUGAAAAACGGGAACAGGAUCUGCGUACUAAAUUAACUGGGUGUUAUUGACACACUGUGCAGAUCUUUUUCCUUUCUUUUUCCUUCCUUUUCUUGCCUCCAGACCUGAUUUUAACAAGCGGGACUGAUUUCUGCAGUGUGACAUAGAGCAUGGUUUAGAAUCAAAAGGAAAAUCCAUCCUUAAACACUUCAACAUCAGUGACCAAUCUGCUAUUGCUUACAGGACUGUAUGUAGUUGUAUUCAUCUAUUUUGUUGCCUAGUGAUGUUUUUUUCUUACUCCAGGGGAUAACUAGCCAAAUUUAGAUGGCAUGACAUCAUCGACUCCAGAUAUUUCCAGCUCCACAUGCUCUCUGGGGUCAUUCUUGGAAAUGUACAGUAGGAAAUCACUCAUUUAAGUAGAAGUUGAUGAAGGAAAUUGAGGGAAAGUACACUGAAAAGUAUUAAAAUACAUCACCAGAUACAAAAAGACUUAAAAGAUUGAUUCCUUAUCAUUUUAUACCAGAAGCUGGAUUUUGUCACAAGUAAAUAAUGGCUUGAUUUUGAUUAUAAUUGACAUAAAGCAGCAGUUAUGUUCAGUGACUUCUUCAGUCCUUAAUUAAGUUUUUUUUCCACCAUCAUGAGAAUGUGGCACCUCUGUCCAGACCAGCAGACCUCCUGUCCCUGUCUCAGGUCUCCAUGGCUCUGUAACAUGCUGGCACUAUGGCCACCAGGCACUAUAGGUCUGUAUAGCCUUGUUAUUUACUACUGAAUCCUCAACUCUGUACAGAAGAUGAGAAUACGAUCGCAUGGAACCUUGUUACUGUAAUAAUAACCUAUACAGUAUAUAAUAUUUAAUUUUUUGAUAACUUACAUCAAUGAAACCUACUUACCAACAAGAAACAGACUUGCGAGAAGCCAUUUUUUUUUUCUUUGAGCACAUGGUAUCUAAGGAUCUCCUUUUUUUGUUUUGUAGAAUAGAAAGGUUGUUUCUUCAUUGUUCCCGUUUGGUUUUUACAGUUGCCGGGGGUUUUGUGUCUUUUACUGUAGGGAAAAGAAUAUGUCGUUAUCAUGUUUAAGAUAGACAAGAAUCAAGCUUACGCUAAUUAAUGAUGAUGAUGCUGAUCAUUUCAGUGAUAGUUAUCCAGUGUGAGAAUGUUCAAGAAUUUGUGAAUGAACUGUGUCUGGUUUACACUGAGCGAUAAGCAGUGAUGAAUCCUGGGUUAUGAAGUUUUAUGACUGUACAUUGAAGGGCUUGGUGUGGAUGCAGGCUCUAGAGACCCGUGACAAUCCUAUUGGGUCUGACAACGCUUCCAGCAUGGUACUCAAAGUCCUCUACCAGCUGUAAAAAAAAAAAAAUAAUAAUUUAAAAAAAAAGAUAAAAAAAGACCUUUACUAACAGUGAAGGAGUGAUCAGGUUCAUAUUAAUAACAUCUGACCAACAGUUCCCUUUUUCUUUGUCUGUAUAGACAAGUAAACAGUCUCUAGAGCCCCAGUUCCACCUCUGAGAAAUUAAAAGGAUUCUCUGUAUUGCCUUGUUAAUAUUAAUUGUGGACACAUAAUUUUAUAAAUGACAAAGACGUGGAAAUAAAGAUAAUUUAUCUUGUUAUUUA